AUGAUACACAACACAGGACUCUCAGCCCGCACAAAAAUAGCCUUUCUUGCAGACGAAGCAACAAUCAACGGGUUUAAGCUCACGGGGAUAAACGGCUCGGAGUGGACAUGCCAGUCGGUCCAUGGGGUGUUCAAUUAUUUCCACAUCGUAUCUAACAGCACAGAAGAAACAGAAAUAGUCAGCAAGUUCAACAUAUUCCUAGAAAGGAAAGAAAUAGCACUGAUCUUCCUGGGAAGAAGGGCAGCAGAUGUCCUCAAAGAAGAAGUCCUCAAAAGAAAAGAAAUGUUUCCACUUAUAAUGGAAAUCCCCUCCAAAAAUACUCCGCCCAGUGUAAAUGAGAUAAAGCUGAUGAAAAGACUGAAAGAGCUUGCAGGAACCAAAUGA